UUAUAGAUUUAUUCUUGUGUGUAAAUAAAUUUAAAAUGUCAGAUUUAAUAUAUGCAGUUCGCGGAUCUACCGGUUUUGCAUUAAAACGAGGACUUGGGAAACCUGAAGAAUUGGCUGGAGAAAAAUUAGAUCCAAAAUAUGCAGUUUGUCGUUGUUUUAAAUUUAGCAAUGAUGGAGCCUAUUUUGCCUAUUGUGACUCUUCAAGGACAGUUUUAGUAGAAUCUUCAACUGGACGUGAAUGUUUUUCUACUGAAUUGGUUAAAACUCAUUGUAUUCUAUUCUCACCAAAGGACAAAUAUAUGGUUACUUAUGAGCCAUAUGUAAUUUAUGGAACAAGAAUGAAUGCAGACGGAACAGUAAAAACUCCAAAUCCAAAUCUUCGUAUUUUCGAAGUUUCGACUGGUAAACUUUUGGCUACUUUAAUUGCUGAUAAACAGUCUGUUUGGAAGCCUCAUUUUACUGAUGAUGAUUCUAUUGCUAUUAGAGUUAAAGGCUCUGAAAUUUUAUUUUACAAAAAUGGAGAAUUUGAAAAAUAUUCAAACAAGAUUGUAAUUAAAGAUAUUGCUCAAUUAUCUUUAAGUCCAGGUUCAUCUCCACAUAUUGGAUGUUUUAUUCCGUCAAAGAAUCAACCAGCAUUAAUUCAAUUGAGAACAUUAAAUGAUUCAUUGGAUGUAAUUUAUACAAAGACUAGUUUUAAUUGUGAUCGUUGUGUAAUGAAUUGGAAUACGAAAGGUUCUGCUUUACUAGUAACAGCAUCUGUAGAUAUUGAUAAAUCAAAUCAAUCAUAUUAUGGUGUAAGCCAUAUUUAUUGUAUUUUGACAAAAGAUGGUGGUUCAUGUUUUCAAGUACCUUUGGAUAAACAAGGGCCAGUACAUUCUGUUGAAUGGGCACCCAAUGCAAAAGAAUUUUGUGUUUGUUACGGGUUUAUGCCUUCAAAGGUAACAAUUUUCAAUAUGAAGGGUGAUAUAAUUUGGGAUAUUGGUGAAGGACAUCGAAAUGAAAUUCAUUAUAAUCCCCAAUCAACAAUUUUGGUAACUUGUGGGUUUGGAAAUAUUUCUUCUGGAAGAAUGGAAUUUUGGAAUUUGUCAACACGAAAAGAAAUUAGUCAAUUUUGUGUUCCACAUACUACACAUUUUGGUUGGGCACCUGAUGGACAGCAUAUUUGCACUUCAACUACCGCACCUCGUUUAAGAACAGAUAAUGGUUAUCGUAUAUGGACUUAUCAGGGGAUUAAAGUUGCUGAACAUUUGUUUGAAAAGGAAGAAUUGUGGGAGGUUAAAUGGAAGCCUAGCAAUUCAUAUUCAAAAUUUGCAAUAGAAGAGCCUUCUAAAGAACAAAAAAGUAUAAAUUCAAGAAUGGGAUAUACUAGCAACAAUAAUAAUUUGGUGGAUAGUCUUCCAAAAGGAGCUGUAACUUCUCAAGGUGUUUAUGUACCUCCACAUUUGAGAGGAAAAAAUUCUAAUCAAAAAGGAGGAGGUGGUGGAGGAGGAAAGCCAUCAACAGGAGCAAAAACUUCAACAAAUAAAAAUGUUUCCAACAAUAAUAAUUCAUCAGCAAGUGGACUAAAUGAAAUUGAAAAGAAAAUUCGUUCAUGUCAAAAAAAAUUGGAUGAUAUUGAAAUUUUGAAAGAACGUUCAUCUUCUGGACAACGUUUAGAAAUUAAUCAAAUGGAAAAAAUUAAAAAUGAAGAAAAAAUUAAAAUUGAAUUGGAAAAACUUAAAUUAGAAAAACAAGGAAGAGGAGGGGGAGAAGGUGAAGUUGGAAAUGAGGAUAAGGAAAAGAAGAAUUGA